CUAAGGCUCUAACCUUUAUCAUAUGUCGAGCUUUGACAUUUCUAACUCAACACCCAACCACCUAAGCAUCGUUGACAGCUACCAGAUUUUUGACAUUAAUUGUCACAUCAAUCCUUUUGAACAAUGGUGCUCCUGCGUUAGAAUAUAUUAAUAAUAAUACUAUUUCAAUAACUAUAUUCAUUCAUUGUAUUUUAAUUUUGGAUUAAAUCUAAUAAAUAAAUUUAUUAAUAGCAUAUGAUAAAUUUAUAAUUAAUAGCAUGAAAGAUUCAUGUGUUGAGCAUUGCAGGACAAUAUAAUCACUACCAAGUACAUUAUCAGGAGUAUAUAUUUUAUUUGGGUUGAAUAAAAAAAAGUUUUAUGAUCUGAAAAAUAUUUUCAAAUCAUAAUAAAGUUUUAGUUAGAGAGGACCUUUAAUGGCCCAAAAUCCUUGAACCUUCUCAACAUUCAGAGGGUUGCCUGCAUGGGAUGCUUUGCUUUCAUUUAAUUUUGCCAUAUUGAUUGGCCAACCGUUAGGACCUCGACAGGAUAGGUAAAAGACCUACUGAGAAUGAUAGCUAAAGGAACACAAUUAUUGAGUACAAUAAUUGGGCUCUGAAUCUCAUUUUAUAUGUAAUUCCAUAGGUGUUCUUUGCAUUCAGCAAUGCAGGUAUAUGCUCAUCUAGGUAUAGAACGGCCCUUCGAUGGAAGUACCCUUUCCAACCAAAAGAUUUGGCAAAUUAAAAUAAGGAAAAGAGUUGUGAUUACAAGAAACAAUUAAGUUCGGAUUUCCUUCACAAUAGAUAACAAUUUUAUACAAGUUUAUUUCUUGGAACUAGUCAAACAGUCUAACAAUUUCUCAUGAACACUUCAUACCAAGUUGGCUAGACAACUUUUUUCAAUCAAGCCCCGUUAUUAUCGAAGGAAUUUGACAGCAUUCAUUUUUCUCCCAAUCAAAUAGUUAAUAGUUGGCAUUAAUUGCUUUAUCCAAUUCCUCUUCUGUCGGAACUCUGCCCCAGUCACAAACUCACACUUACAAAGGAAAAUUAAUGUCCUCCUUUCAGGUUUAAGCUCCCCUUCUUUUAGAUAAGACAGGACAAGGAUAUAAAUCGGCUGCAGAUCAACUGAGAUGGCGUUUGUUUGGUUACUAGUUUUCUGUCUGUCACUUGCUGUUGGAGUGGAACCUCUGCUGGCAGAACUCCAAGGGAGCAAGUUGGAAGUCAACCAGUCUGGAAUACACCUUAAGGUCUAUCACGUUCAAGGGCCUGAAUCUUCUCUCACCCCAAAUUUCUUAUCCUUCUCUGAUUUCCUCUUGCGAGAUGAAGAACGUGUUAAGGAUCUCAAUUCCAUAUUAGCAAAAAGCAUAGACCGAUCAGGCAGUAGUAGCACUGCUUCUGCUUUAUCUCAGAGAUCAGGAUAUUGGUUUAGUGGAAAAUCUUUAAGUAUUCCAUUGAAUCCAGGUUUAUCCAUUGGCACAGCGAACUACUAUGUUAGGAUAGGCAUUGGAACUCCGGCCAAUUACUAUGCCAUGCUCAUGGAUACAGGUAGCUCCUUCUCCUGGAUCCAGUGUGAGCCUUGUGCAAUAGACUGUCACAGCCAGGCAGACCCUCUUUUUAAUCCCUCUGCAUCUAAGACAUAUAAAUCUCUCUCGUGUGACGCCCCUGAAUGCUCUUCGCUUAAGGAAGCAACUCUGAACAACCCUUCAUGUUCAGCUUCAAACAAGUGCAUAUACGAGGCCAGCUAUAGUGAUAAAUCAUACUCAAUCGGCUUCUUAAGUAAAGAUUUACUGACCUUAGCACAAUCCCAGACCUUCCCUAAUUUCGUCUAUGGAUGCGGGCAGGACAAUGAAGGUUUGUUCGGAAGGUCAGCUGGGAUAUUAGGCCUAGCACCUAGCAAACUCUCCAUGCUAGCUCUGGUGUCCUCCAAAUAUGGAUAUGCUUUCUCUUACUGUCUGCCAACAACUGACACUACAACCGGAGGUUUCCUGACAAUAGGAAUUCGACCUGUAUCAUCAUACAAGUUUACCCCCAUGAUCAGAGGUCCUAAUCAGAAUCCAAAUCUAUACCAUCUGAGGUUGACAUCCAUCAUUGUGGCAGGUAUCCCACUGAGGGUGGCUGCUGCUCAAUAUAGAGUUCCAACCAUCAUAGACUCUGGAACUGUUAUCACACGCCUGCCUCCGUCUUUGUAUUCUGCCUUACGAGAUGCCUUUGUAAACAUCAUGUCCAAAAAGUAUGCGCAAGCCCCUGGAUAUUCGAUAUUCGAUGCCUGUUUCCGGGGGACUGUCAAGAGUUUCUCGGUGGUACCUGAGAUUCAAAUGAUGUUUCAAGGAGGAGCUGACCUCACUCUUGGUGCUUCCAAUGUGCUCAUACAAGUUGAUGAGGGCGUUGCCUGCUUGGCCUUUGAAUUGAACCAAGAAGCCAUAAUCGGAAAUCAUCAACAGCAGACGUUUGAGGUUGCUUAUGAUGUGUCAAAUUCAAGAAUUGGCUUCGCUGCUAAUGCCUGCCAUUGAUAUCUACCAUUUUCCGUUUGAUAAUUAAUUAUGUGAACUAUAAAAUGUUUGAAUAAUCACACCGUAAAUCAAGGACAUAUAUAUAUAUAUAUAUAUAUAAAAUCGAAUAUCUUAAUUAAGUGUAGAUGUCACUAGAUGGAAUAAUAAGCUAUGAACAGACUGUCAUUCCUAGGAUUCGCUGAUCUGUUUCGAGUCAUGGCAGACAACCACAGGAAAUGAAUCAUAUGCUUUUCCCAGCCUUGGAUAAGACGCUAAUACGAGCUGCAUAUUUUGCUUUAACCUUAGAUAUAUGUUUUCAGUCUGUUGUAGAACAAGUUUUGAUGUUAGAAUGCCGUGUGCAGAGGCAAAAUUUUGCAGACUAUACGUACAAAUUAAAGUUUGGUCAAAAUUAUGAAUAAUUGUACGCCAAAAAAAUCUCUAAACUUGGCUCCCAUUUCUAAAACAAAUGACACCUAAAAUAUGCAGAGGAUGGGAACAUUAGCCAUCAUUGUUUAUCAACAUUGGUCGAGAGGCUUGGAAAGGCAGCUGCCGGUUGCUGCACUUUCUUUUUCUUCUGAGAAAUGACAAACUAUAUUUCGAAUUAGAUAUAUAUAUAUAUAUAUAUAUAUAUAUAUAUAUAUAUAAACCAC